AGUUUGUUUUAUUUUGCGGCCAUCACUAGUGAACUGCCGUAUUAAGCGCAAAUUAGUCGUCGGCGCUUCAACUUGAGUUUUAUUCCUGCACCAAAUGUACGCAUCAUAUGUGUUCUUGGGGGCUGGUAGGGAAAAUAACUAAAAAUUUCCCAAAGUCCAGUUGCUCAGUUCACUCGAGACAAUUAAAAACGAAUAACCUCAAACCGUUCGGCCACGUUUGGCUAAUUAAGACGGACGUAAUUUAUUCGCAUGAACAUACUAGACAAUGAAUCUGGCGCAUUUUCGGGCUGACUUUCCAAGUUCCAGCCGAAAGUACCAGAAAAUGGGCCCAGCGGUGAAGCUACUUGCCUUUAUCGUGCUGUCCGCUGGUAUCGGCACGUGGACAGUUCCUUCGCACGGAUUCCUAACACUGAAAUGCCCACUGGAGAACCAUGGUGUCUGCGGUCAGGACUCCGUUAUCCAGUGCACUCUCAAGUCCAGCCACCAGCAUGUGAGGGUGAUGGGGCUGGUAUGGAGGAAGCUGGGAUCAUCUUUUCCCCUCAUCUCCUACAUGGGUGGGAGGCUCAGGCAGACGGGCCGUUUUCAACUCCUUGAACGAGGCUGGGAUGAACGAAACGCUAAUGUGUCCCUGGCGGUGCGGGACACGCGUGUGGCCGAUCAAGGAUUGUACCAGUGCGCGGUGCUGACGGAAUACGGGAACGCUAAACUCAUCGCCAGCUUGCGGGUCACAGCCAAGUACAGAGAGCUAAGAGUGACUUCCAUUCCAGAGAGUAACAUUCAGGAAGACUCUACUGUGUUGAUGCUGUGCACUGCCCAUGGUGGAUACCCAGAGGGCACAAUGAAGUGGUUCGACCAGUAUGGCACAGACUGGACACGCAGCGCAGAAAUGCAGGCGAUGGAGGUUGAAGAGGGCUUCUUCAAUCUGACAAGCAGGUUUUCUGUGUGGAGGGCAUCCUCAGUCUCCCCACGGUAUAGGUGUGUAUUGUUCAACGGCAGUGGUGCUGAGGAGGACAAAGUCGAAAUCCAUCUGAAAUUUUCCAUUCCAGAAAAGAUUUCCAGAAGGCUGAGCAACAAGAGCAUCACAGCAGUCAUUGUUGUUUUGGGUUCACUGACUUCUGGGCUUCUGGUCUUAACUUUGUUCCAGAAGAGUGAAUGCAGAGGCCCAGUACAGGUCUACCCUAGGGUAGAAGACACCAGGGAGGUGGAAGGUUUGGACAGUCUGGAAGAUGUGAAUACAGCAUCUUAAAUAUCUGUUGAGACCUAGUGGUACUGAACUGAUACAGUUCAGACUAGUUCUCAUUGCUAUGUUUGUGCAGAAAAGCAGAAACAUUAUUGCCGUUGUCUGGCUUUUUGGAGAGAGAGUUAGGAAAUUUUUUUUUUUGGAAUCAUACUUCCUUAGUGCCAGUGUCCUGCUGUCAUUUUCCAAACUGGGUGAUCAUGUUUGGAAUUAAACUUUAUGUACCACAAAACUAUUUUGAUACUUUCUGCUGUUAAGCAAGGGCAAUGAAUAGAAACAAAUGCAUAAAUAAUAUUGAUGCAUUUUAUCUUUAAAUAAAAAAAA